UUUUUUUUUUUUAUUUUCUGCAGCUCAGAGCAGAAAGAUGAGGCGAUAAAAGCAGAUUUCUCUGAUGUGACUCGGUUUCUUUGUUCAUGCAUUUGUUCCUCUGCAGUUUCUCUUCAUCUCUUCCUUCUGUCUCGCUCUCGUGCAUCCUCUCCUGCGUCUUUUCUCUCCAUUUUUCUUCUUUAGUUUUUGUUUCAUUCGGUUUGCUGUUUGAGCUCAGCUCCUUCGUCUCAGCAGAAGGCGAUGCGCUUUCUGGCAACAAUGACAUCAUCGCUGAGAGCAUGCACACACACACACACUCACAGAUGCACACAGUGACACACACACCCAAAGUUAGGACAUUGUGUUUGCGUUUGUAUUUAAAUUUUGCAACAAAUUCACAUUUUUAAUCAGUUUCUGCAGAAAAAAGCAAAUGUAAACAUAAAUAUGCCUCCUCAUUUACAAAGUAGAGAUUUGCUGCUUUUCUCCAUUUACUCUCUGGAUCUUUGUGCCUUCUGAUGUUUAGAAUUAGAAAUGCAGUUUGUGGAGAUAAAUGUUGGUAUUUUCUUCAUUUUCUGGGCUGCAGACAUGAAAUGAUCAAAUGCAAAUAGCUUAAAAGAUGAACUUGUAUUGAAAGAUGAAUCUUAAGCAGGCGUGCAUAAUAGAUGGAGUUGACUUUGAAAUUCAAAUGAUUUUCAUGCAGUUUGUAAUUUGCUGCAGUGACUGUGUGACAUCGUGUUCACCAGGCUUUCAGAACAGAUCAGAGUUUUUCUGCAGGAAAAAGUUCAAAUAAGCAUCAUGAUCAGGUUCAUCUGCUUUUCUGCAGAUGAACCUGAAUAUUUCGCUUCUGUUAGAGAAUGCAGGAAUGAAAUAAUCAGUGGAAAUAGUUCUAUAAAUGAUGUUUCUGCCCUAAAUCAUGAGUUUUCUUUUCUGGCUCUGCUGACUGUUUGUGCAGCAGCUGCAGAGUUCAGAUAACAUUGUGUUUGCUGUGGUUUCAUAACAGAUGCAGCACUUUUCUGCAGACAAAACUGCAAAUACAACAAUAAUCUGUUUCUUCAGAGAAGAUCUGCUUUUAAAUCUUUACAUUUUUUAGAACUAAUGAGGUCAGUGUCAAUCUGAGACACUGCAGACAUGAAGCGAUCCGUAGAAUCUCUCUGUAAAGCCUUACGUGGAAGAAAGUGAUGAUGUUCCUGCACAUGUGAUCUGAAUGAUCUCUGAUGAGGAAACACCAGAAAAGCUGCUGAGUUUUUGUUUCUGGGGCACACUGAGGGUUUCUCUCUGCAGCGGCGGCUUCGCUUCGGAGGCCGAAGCCUGAGCGGCUCCUCGUGUCUCUGCUGCUGAUUCAUUCGUCACACUGAGAGGAUUAUUUUAAGCUCCCGGAGCAAAUCAGUGGCAGGAACAGACUCUACCUCACCACAGUGUCUUUGACUGAGAACAGCAGCAGCAGCAGCAGGAUGACUCUCGCAGCUUACAGGGAGAAGAUGCGAGACCUCCCCCUGGUGUCUCUCUUCUGCUCCUGCAUCCUUCCCGAGCCCAGAGAGCCGGCAGCCGACAAGAAGGAAGCAGCAGGCGUGGUGGAUUUGAACCUCUGCAACAUCCGGGACAUGGAGGUGAUUGAACUGAGCAAGCGAGCGAGUGGCCAGGCCUUCGAGGUCAUCCUGAAGCCACCCACCUUCGACGGCGCCCCUGAGCUCAGGGCCACAACACCGCCUCGCCAGAAACCAUCGCUGGCGGAGAUCCAGAAGAAACUGGAUGCUGCUCAGGAAAGGAGGAAGUGUCAGGAGGCGGAGCUGCUGAAGCACCUGGCCGAGAGGAGGGAGCACGAGCGGGAAGUUGCUCAGAAAGCUUUGGCCAAAGAGUGUCAGGAGCAUCGCGCCACCGCUGACAAGGAGCAGCGGCAGAUGCACCUGAACGCCUCACAGGAGAGGCUCCACGAGGAGGACAAGCACAGUGUGGAGGUGUCUUGAUGGCCUGAUCACAACACAAGCUGAACCUUAUUUGGAAGCCAUUUUGGAGGGCUGAUGAGCUGAUAUUUGAUGUGCCGGGAUGCUGGCGCUACUCCAGCUCAGAGACUGACAGGAAGUAGCUCUGAAAAGAGUGAGAGAAGAAGACGAUGAGGGGGGCGGAAGGGAAGACCGACUGCACAACACCUCCUCUGUACAACCAGGACUCUCUUUAACAAGACGAACUCUUUAUAACGAGACGGACGCUCAGAUUCAGUCGUCAUUAGAUGGUUUGAAGGGGUUUUACUGUGCUUUGUUUCCAUGCCAACGGUGCCAAUGUGCUCGUGUGUGUGAAUGUGUGUGCCUAUCAACCAAACAUGAAUUGGGCCUAACAUGAACCCGAUGCAUCCCCUACGACUGAAAGGAAACCUUCCUCUCGGACUUUGAACAUCAAAAUUAAUUGCCUGGAAUUACCGCUGCUCUCAAUCAAACAGCUCCAUCUGCUGGAUCGUUUAAAUCAUUGCAUGCGGCUCUUUAGAGACAUCUAGUGGCAUCUGUAGCUAUAAAAUAAGCUUCGAGCAGAUUGUUUUUGUCUUUUAGGAUCAGAGUCAAGAUCACUGAAAGUGAGUCCAAGACGAGUUAGUGUUUCUGGGGUCAAUUUAAGACAAACAUCAGUAAAAAUAGAGCUGAACUUAGUUGUAGAGGUGAGAUUACCAUCAAUGAAAUCACUGCUACACAGGAAAUCAAACCACACCCUAAAAUCACCAAACCAAAACAGCGCUGGCCUCCAGGGCAGCUCGUUUCACCCGUUCUUUUCAUACUUUUAUAGGCAGAAGUUCUAGGCGCUGUGCAGAGGUGGAGACAUCACACCUUUGCUGUUUCACAGAUGAUGUGGUUUGGAUCGCUAGAUUCUGUUGUGGUGACGAGAGAGAGCUGAGCGUCGAGGCGAAGCCGUCAGUCAAUCCACGCUCCUACCCUCACCGAUGGCCCCGAGUGGAGGGUGGUGACCGAAAGAGAUGAGGGGGUGAGGACCUCAGAGUAGACUCCUUCACCCCAAAAAGAGUCAGUUGAGGUGGUUGAGCAUCUGGCCAGGACGCCUUAUGGGCAUUUCCUAGAUGACCUGUUUCCUCCUGGGCGUCUCCUACAGGGAGGAGACGGUCUGCAUGUUUGGAAACACCUCAGUGUCCCCCCAGAAGAGCCGGAGCUAGCCGGGAAGAGUGAGCGCAACCAAAAGACAAAUCUGAACCGAAGCGCAGGUUUUCCUGUUUCAGACGCUGCCUUUAGGUUUGUUUCCCAUCAGUUAUGCAUCUCUUUGUCUUUCCUGUGUGAAAUGGAUGCGACACAAUGCUUCUGAGACAUCAGUGAUGUUUGCUGCACCCUGCUGCAUCGAAUGAGUGACUGGACUGAUGUGUGUACAGUGUUUACAGCUGCUUCUCACUGCAACAUCAUGUAGGAUUAUGAUAUGAUUAUGAUAAUGUACAGAAAUCACAUUAUAUUUUAAAUUCAACAAUAAAACAGUCACACUUUA